AUGGUCCUAAGCCCCCUUUCUUCCCAUGCCGCUGUGACUUCGAAGGGUCUCUUUAACGUUUGCCUUUCCAAUGGCGUUCGUUUGGCGCCUCUGGGCCUUGGACCUGACUUUGCUUCUCCCUUUGCUCAGGUUGGCUUCCUCAAGAUCAUGCACAAGUACGAAAUCACCUUCGUCCUGCCUUUCGUGCAGGUCCUGGGAACGGACAUUUGCCCAGCACCCCUGUCAAACCUGCAUCUUAAGGUGACUGACAUCGCGCCCAUAUCUGAAGGCUACAGGGUGAGGUGCGAAUACGUGGCCCAUAAAGAAGGGGUUCUCCACGAAGAAAUGGUCCUUUGCAGCGAGAGCAACCAUAGUGCCAGCAUCAAAGUCGUGGUGCAAGCCCGAGUGAUGGGUAAGGCUCUGCCGGAUCUCGCACCCAG